CGGCCAAUAUGAAACCAGGUUGAACAAAAUGGAGAAAACUAUUGACCUCAUUCUCUGCUAAGGUGAUUGUGGGCAAAUAAAAGCAAAAGGAAAGCCAUAAAGAGAAGAAAUCAGAGUUAAACACAUCUGCCAUGAGCUCUCUGAAUUCCACCCUCUAUCUAAAUGGAACGUUUGUGCAUCCUCCAUUUUUUUUCAUCAGUGGAUUGAAUAACAUGCCCCAUGCCAAAUACUACUAUGUUUUCCUGUGCUUUGUUUUUGUGGUCUCUCUGUUGGGGAACUCCUUUGUCAUGUUCAUCAUAUACACAGAGUGCAGUUUUCACAACCCAAAGUAUUUGGCCAUUUUUAAUUUGGUUGUAGCAGAUUUGGGUGAAAGCACUGCUCUGAUUCCAAAUUUUAUUGCAAUGUUUCUUUUCAAUUCCCAAUACAUCUCCUUUGACGCUUGCUUGGCCAACAUGUUUUUUGUGUUUUUCUUUUCCUGUUUGCAGUCUCUCACACUUACCGUUCUGGCCUAUGAUAGAUUUGUGGCAAUAUGCUUGCCACUGAGAUACCAUGCCAUCAUCACAAUGCAAGCAAUGGUUGUGAUGUUAACAGUGGUGUGGGCAUUUGAUUCUUUUGUACUGAUUUUAACGGUGAGUUUGGUUACCAGGUUGUCCUUUUGUAAAUCCAUUGUGGUAAAAAGCUACUUCUGUGAUCAUGGACCCAUAUACAGUUUGGCAUGUAAUGGCAAUUAUAUCAAUCAGAUGAUGGCAAUUAUUAACAUGAUAUUAUUGCUUUAUGUACCCUUUAUUUUGACUGUACUGUCUUAUGUGUUUAUUUUUGGUGCACUGUUUAAAAUAGCUACGUGGGAAGGACGAAUUAAAGCCCUUAAGACUUGUUCUGCACACCUAAUGCUAGUCGCUAUAUAUUACUUUCCAAUCAUGGGUGUCUACGUUGCUGCACUAACUUUAAACCUUCCACCUAAUGUCAGGAUAAUGAGUACAUCAUUUGCAAAGGCCAUAACCCCCAUGAUGAACCCAAUAAUUUAUGUGCUGAACACCGAAGAGUUUAAGGAAUUCUUAAAAAAAACUUUUCAAAGGAAAAAUAAACAAACACAAUGAGAAGAAAUAUUAAAAUAAAGCUGCAAUCUGUGAGAGCAGAGGUAGAGACAUGGGUUAUGAAUUCCUUAACAUCUGUUGAACACAUAAAAAUCAUCAGAUUUUAGUCUGCUAAAUCUAGGUUCAUUCUGUGGAACAUGUUUCAAAUUUAUUAAAUUAUUUAUUUCCUAAGCUUAAUGUCGAAA